UGUGUGCGUUCGGCACAGCACGGAGGUAGAGUUUGCCACGGCUGCAAGUAAUUUGAUAUGUUGCGGCACCGGGAUCCUUACUGCCCGCCUCUAAGUCGGGUUGGCCGCGGGUCUGGCUGUCUGCAUAUUCCCAGCGUUGCCUCACUUGCGGGGCUUUUGUCUUGGGGAGCAGUUCCGUGAUUCACAAUUAACGGCAGUGCGCGCAUUGAGGCUUUUCUCCGUUGUCGCCUCCUGGCAAUCGCUUAAAAGUUUCGAAUGGAUUUACAGUAUGAAGCUCGCUGUUCGAAUUUGUGGAAUAAACUUAAGCAGUUUCUUGGGCUGAGGAAAGUGCGCGUUUGAUUCUUUGCCGAGUUUGGGCACCAUGGUGACCAUGCUGUGCGUUAGCAUCCUCCUGCCCCUCGUCCUCCAUGCCGCGGCAGUGCCAAGCUGCCACCCCGGAUGCCGCUGCGAGGUGGAGAGUUUCGGGCUCUUCGACAGUUUCAGCCUGACCAAGGUGGACUGCAGUGGGGUGGGCCCGGCUGCCGCCCCUGUCCCCAUCCCUCUCGACACCUCCUACCUGGACCUGUCCUCCAACUCCAUUCGCAGCCUCUCAGACUCCAUGCUGUCUGGGCCGGGCUACACCACUCUCGUCAGCCUGGACCUCAGCAGCAACCUCAUCUCCAGGGUAUCUGCCGGCGCCUUCUCCAAGCUGCGCUACCUGGAGAUGCUGGACCUCAGCCACAACUCCCUGGAGGAGCUGACGGACGGCUGCUUCUCCGGGCUCCCGCUGUCCGAGGUGGACCUCAGCAACAACAGGAUCCAGGAGCUCAGCCUGAACAUCUUCACCGCUAAGGGCCAGGGCCGCCCGAUCAGCCUGGACGCGUCCUACAACCUUCUGACCCGGGUCACCUGGGGCCCGACGGGGACCCCGCCCAACAUCAAGAGCCUGUCGCUGGUGGAGAACCGGCUCCGGGCAGCACCCAAGCUCCAGGGCAUUCCCCUGAGGUACCUGAACCUGGAUGGGAACCCCAUCGUCAGCAUUGAGGAUGAGGACUUUGCUGAGCUGAGGGACCUGGUCCACCUGUCCCUCAGCGGCCUCCCCGAGCUAUCCUUCGUCCGUCCCCGUGCUUUCCGAGACCUCCAAAGCUUGCAGGUCCUGGAUAUGUCCAACAACCCCAACCUGAAGGCUCUGAGCCCAGAGGUCUUCAGCGGGCUGGUGUCCUUGCAGGAGCUCAACCUGUCCAACUCCGGGGUGACCUCCCUGCCCAGUAACAUUUUAAGCCACUUACCAAGCCUCAGGAGUGCCACCCUGAGGCACAACAUUCACUGCUGGAAGGCACAGAAGCAAGGCCAGUUCCACAGGCAGAUCGGCCAGGCCAAGACUGACCAGAUACUCACCUGUGACAGCACAGGCGUCAUUUUGUGAGGUCAUUUGUCCAGAGGAACGCUGGGACCUUGAGCUGUGCCUUUCCUAAAUCGCCCUUUAGCAGCAGAAAAUAACUUUUAAUGAUCUUCCUGUUCCUGCCAAACUUGAUUGUUAUCUUAUGCCAUGUUUUGUUUCUGUGUUUUUUUGACAAAGACAAAGCAAUGUAUCUUUGCACAUAUUCCCUGAGACCCUCCAGGUUGGUCCCAGAGCUAUUGAAUUUAGUACAAAAGGUUAUCACGGACAUUAUGGAUGAGAAGGAGAGUGGAUCCCUAAAGAGGAGACACUGCUGCCCAUGUUGUUGGUACAUGUUAUGUAAAGGUGAUUGCACAUGAUUCUUCCAAAUGUGAAAAUGAUGUGGUAACUGAUUAUACUCUGCUCCAAUCCUGAAGCUGUAACAGUAUUAAUUUAUUAAAAAGUCAAUAAAACAGUCUGGCUAUUACGCAGAAAAGCAGUGCACAGAUAUAAACCUUGUAAGCAAUACCUAUCAAGAAAAUAGCCCUAUAAAUGAUUAAAGUCACAGUAAUUUUUACUGAAAUUCAGAUUUCUGUGUACUCUUAACAUGAUCAGCUUGGUGAGGUGAGAGGAGUCAGCACCUGAGGUGAAUGUGACUCCGGUUAGCAAUGGCAUUUUUAGAAAUCAAUGAAAAUGGCACAGUUACAGCAACUGAAAUAUACAAAAUGACACAGUGUUCCUGCACUGUUUUUUCAGAGGACAAAUAUUAACCAAAGGUCUACGUGUAAAUACUACAAGCAUUCAUUUACCAAUGAACGGUUUACUUAACCGCAGAAAGCACAGGCGGUGUAACCACAGUAAGGGGAGUCACUGAAAUCUAUGCAGAGAUGCACUAUGGGAAUUUAUCCUGAGUGGACAGCAAUAACCACAGAGGAGCCCUCGCAUGUGGGUUCUAGAGAUUGUGCUCACGACUGUUUGUGGACUGAGAGCCUUCUUUUAGACCAGAUAGAAUGUUUUUACUUACUAAAAACAUUGGCUGUGACUAAUUUGUAAUCAUAAGUGACAAUGUUCAAAUCUUCUGUGGUUUUCACAUUCCCUGCACCAUAUUCAUUUAUUUGUAUGACAUUAAUUUUCAUCUUUCAUUGGCAAACUCUGAGCAGUGGCCUUAACUAUGAACUGCACUAAAACUGUGCGAAGCCUAGCCAAAUUGUUGAUGGUCCAUUCAAGUAUAUGCUGAGUGCAUGUGGCUUUGUUUGUGGACUUUUUUGAAUGUGUGUGUGUGUGCGCAUGCGUGUCUCUGUGAGUUUGUAU